CUGAACCUCGUCUUCUUUAAUAUCAGCAUCACAAGGGGAUCCGUGGAUUAUAAAAAAUAAGAGAUGGGCCUCUUCAGUGAGUCGCAGGAAAACAAUUCCAUCUCGGGUUUCUGUGACAGUUUAUAAACUCCACCUUCGCUCUCGUAGUGUAUGACGUCACAGAAACCCUGGAUGGAAUUAUUUUCCUGUAACUCACUGAAGUUACAGAUAUAAGAGCAGUUAUAAAAUGCAGUAAAGUCAGUAGUAAGGUAAGAGCAGAUUCAAAUGACAGCUACAGUACGGUAAUGGCUUUGUGUGCACGCGUGUGUUUUACGCAGAUGUCGUUGGUGGAUUUGGGAAAGCGUUUGUUAGAAGCAGCUCGGAAAGGCCAGGACGAUGAAGUCAGAACGCUCAUGGCAAAUGGCGCUCCCUUCACGACAGACUGGCUAGGAACGUCUCCCCUCCAUCUAGCAGCUCAGUAUGGGCACUACUCCACAGCAGAAGUGCUGCUCAGAGCCGGUGUCAGUAGGGACGCCCGAACCAAAGUGGACCGGACCCCCUUACACAUGGCAGCGUCGGCGGGCCACUCUGGGAUCGUGGAGCUGCUGAUCAGGAACGGAGCAGACAUCAACGCCAAAGACAUGCUGAAGAUGACGGCUCUUCACUGGGCAGCCGAUCACGGGCACAGGGAGUCAGCCGAGCUGCUGGUGAAGUACGGGGCCGACGUUCACGUGCUGAGCAAAUUCGACAAGACCCCCUUCGACAUCUCUGCCGACAACCACAACACGGAGCUGAUGCUGCUGCUGCAGGACGGAAUGCAGAACCAGCUGGACUUGAACCCGGAUCGCUCGGUCCCGGUCAGCAAUGCCGUGACCCUCUCCACCCCGCAGUUCAUCUUCUCGUCGGGAGGGGUGCUGAACCUCUCCGAUCUCGUCUCCUCCGCCACCACAAAGACUACCUCAGGUGAAACGACAGUCUCUUCAACCUCUGUGCUGGCAACACUAGCAGCUCUGGCAGAAGCAUCAGGGCCAAUGUCAAAUUCAAACAGAUCAGGUGAGUCGGAGGAGGUGAUUACAGCCGACUCGGUGGAUUCCGCGAUACAGCAGAUGGUGAGCGGCGGAGGUCAGCGGGUCAUCACCAUAGUAACAGACCAGCACGGCAACCUGCAGACCAGCGGGCUCGGGCAGCAGUUCAUAGUGACCAUGCAGGACGGGCAGCAAGUGCUGACCCUCCCGGCCGGUCACAUCACGGAGGAGGAGGUGGUGGAGGAGGUCCAGCCCGUCCCGGCCAAGAAGAGGAGACUGGAAGCGGUGCUGAAUCACACGCCAAUCAACGACACGCUUCAGCCUCAGACAGAGGCCCAGAAGGACCGCUCGGAGAGGAAGGAGCUUCAGAAGCAGCUGCAUGCGGCGAACUGCCAGGCGCAGGAGUACCGACAGCAGCUCCUGAGGAAGGAGCAGGAGGCGGAACAGUACCGGCUCAAACUGGAGGCCAUGGUCCAGGUGCAGAGCAACGGGAACACAGCGGAGGGGAAGCGGGAGGAGGAGGAGGAGGAGGACGAGGAGGGGGCGGGGCUAGGGGUGCAGGAGGAGGAAGUGGUCACCGGCCUCCCUGAGGGAGCCAUCGUCAUCAAGGCAGAGGAGCUGGAACAGGAAGAGGAAGUGACGCUUUAGUUUCAUGGAAAGGAAGUUGUUGACUUUAGCAUCACUCCCUCCGCUAACAUCAAAAGGGACCCCGUUUUCUGCUUUGUAAACGGGAGAACAACCUGGAACAAAAAAAAAAAAAAAAAGUUCAGGAGGGAAAGAUGGAAGGGCCUUUUAAACCAGCCUCCUUAAAAAAAAUAAAAUGUAAAAAUCGCUUAUAACCACCACUGCAGACAUCUCUGGAGUCGGCCGACCCCGUGAUGACUGAAGCCUUGAUUAAGCCCCUGUCCAAUUUUGCACCAGCGUCCUGUUCCGAUUUCACAGUCUUGUUUGCCUUCCGUGUGUGUCUCCUUGUAGCUUCAUAAUGUGUCCAGUACCCUUCUACACUGGCUCCUCCCUUGAGAAACAAAUUAUUGUUAUUUAGCAGACGCUUUUAUCCAGAGCGACUUGGAGACUGGGGGGUGAACUCUGCAUCAUCAACAACUGCUGCAGAGUCACUUCCAACAGGACCUCGUUUUCUUUUACGUCUCAUCUGAAGGACGGAGCACAAGGAGGUUCAGUGACUUGCUCAGGGUCACACACACACAGGGAGUCAGUGGCUGAGCUGGGAUUUGAACCUCCUGGUAUCAAGCCCCCUUUAACCGCUGGACCCCCAAGCCUCUACUAACGCACACAUUCAUGUGUGGAAGGUAAAUGCUGAUGAGAAGGCCCUUUCGGAUUGAAGACACUGUUCUGUGCUUGUUUGGAUUCAGAUGUGGAUGGGGAUGGUUAAUUUGAAGGGGUUUAUGCAGUACAGAGGAGGUGAGACUACAGUACUAUUACUGCAGUGUGUGGCUGCAGAUCUAUGCAGUGCUACAGUAGCCUGUGGCGUGUGUUUUUUUUAUUUCAAACCUCAGGACCCAACUCUCAUCGUUUCACAGCUGUGAUGAAAACAUCAAGAAGAUGAUUUUAAAACUGAAGGUAGGGUAAAAAAAAUCAAACCUUUUUUUUCAAUGUGAAAAAACAAACAAACACUGAAACCAUUUUUUUUUCCGUUUUUCACGGUUUGACGUGAAUAUUUUGGAGAGGUUUAAAAAAAAGUUGUCUUUAUUUUUUAAUACAGACUUUACAGAUACAAACUUAUGUGAUUUAUAUUUUUUUUUGGGGGGGGGGGGGGUUGUAAUAUUUUGUAAUCAUUUUAAGACUGGGCAACUUGCUUUAUAAUGUCAAGAUGGAUGCUUUCAGUUUGACCUUUCAAUUACUGGGUUGCAGUUGCUUAAAUGGACCAGCAGGUGGCACUACACAUUAAUAAAGGGCAAAGCUGGUUUUCAUUGAAGUUACAUUGAAGACGCGAGAUCUUUUGAAGGCGCAGUGAAAAAAAAAUAUAUAAAAAAAAUUAUAUAUAUAUAUAUAAUUUUUUUUUUUUCUUUAAUCUGAGCAAAACACUAUCAGGGAUCGUCUUCCAGACUUUUUUUUUUAUCAAAAAAAUUAAAUAAAAAAAAAAACAAUGCAAAAUGUUUCAAAUGUAAAAUACCAGUUUUGUAAGAAAAUGUAAAACUUUGUACUUUUUUUUUUUUUUUUUUUUUUUAAACAAUAUUUUUUUUAGAUGACAAAUAAAUAUGCAGUCAUUCUCAUAAAAACAAAACAAACCAAAAAAAAAAUGAAUGAAUUUUUUUCUUUAUGUUGUGCUGGUUCACCUGAUCGUAAACACCCUGACCCUGUGUUAGGUUCUCAUAGCAAGUUACCAGGGUGGGGGUCGGUUUUCUUGUUUUUCAAUUCAAAUUUAAAAUCAAUUCCCUUUUAAUUGAUUCCAACACAUCGCUGAUGAGAAUUGCAGUGGAGCGGCGUUCUGUUAAAAUGAGCUUCUCACAACAGCGGCGACACGUGACUUCAACUGAAGCCGCUGUUUGUGAGUCACUAAAACCGGCUUUGAGUGAAAUUAGUCGAACAAUCACAGCGAUUUUAUUAAGUCUCUAAAAUAUCAAUUCCGAUUCCAUCGAGGGAACUGGAAUUGGAAAUUGUUUUUAAAAAGGGACAGGAAUCAAAAACCAGGAAUUGACCCCCAACAGCCCUGCUAGUUACUCCAAACUGACAGUAGUUUUAUUUAUGUCUGAAACAAAACAAAACAAAACAAAAUUUUAAAAACGAAUAAGAAAUAAUUUCAACUCUAAGCAUAACGUGGGAGUUGUUUUAUUUCUGGUUUGUGCUGUCUUUUUAAAAGAAAAGAAAAAAAAUUGCGCUAAUGACAUUUGAGUAAAUAACUUUACCAGUAUACCAGUAGUUGAAAUUACUUCUGCUGUGCUGGGGCAGGCAAUCCCAGAAUACUUCUAUCAUUAUUAAAAUCAUACAAAGAUCUUGUUUAAAGUGUACUGAAUGCCCUCUGGAGAACUGAUGCCUGCUGUGUUUUUGUGUAAUAGAGGUUUAUAAUCUUCAUAUUGAGUGGGAGAACAGUUUAUCUCUGCUGUGUGUGUGGAUAUAUAAAAUGAAUCAUUUACUUAGGAGACAAUGGGUUUAUAUAGUUGUUUGAGUAUAUUCCCUUUGACAGCCUCCCUCUGCUCUGUGCUGGUGGAGCAGAGAAAGAGAAAGGGAGGCUCUUCUACUCUCUGAACAGCCUCCCUCUGCUCUGUGCUGGUGGAGCAGAGAAAGAGAAAGGGAGGCUCUUAUACUCUCUGAACAGCCUCCCUCUGCUCUGUGCUGG